ACCCCACAUCACAGCAUCUGCAACCCCCCAUCACCUUCGAUCCAAGCCCCACCUCCCCACACCCUCGAAUCAUAAGCCUCAGCUCCCAUGGCGCCCAAGGCGGAGAAGAAGCCGGUGGCGGAGAAGGCCGAGAAGACCACGACGGCGAAGAAGACCAAGGCCGAGAAGCGGCCGCCGGCGUCCAAGGAGGGCGGCGAGAAGAAGGGGAAGAAGAAGGCCAGGAAGAGCGUGGAGACGUACAAGUUCUACAUCUUCAAGGUGCUCAAGCAGGUGCACCCCGACAUCGGCAUCUCCUCCAAGGCCAUGUCCAUCAUGAACUCCUUCAUCAACGACAUCUUCGAGAAGCUCGCCGGGGAGUCGGCCAAGCUCGCCCGCUACAACAAGAAGCCCACCAUCACGUCAAGGGAGAUCCAGACCUCCGUCCGCCUCGUCCUCCCUGGCGAGCUCGCCAAGCACGCCGUCUCCGAGGGCACCAAGGCCGUCACCAAGUUCACCUCCUCCUAGGCUUCAUCCUCGUUUCUCAAUCCGUUGGAUUCUGUAUGUAGUUAGCUGCAAGAUUGUGUUCUGAAUGUGUAAUCUUGUGCUGCUUGUGGGUCUGAAGAAAUAUUGUGUGUCACAUCAGAUUCUUCUUGCUGUGUGUGUUUUACUACUCGGUUUCAUCUGGAAGGGGUUCAUGGGACGGCCAUGAAAUACUCCAUUUUUCUUCUUUGUACCUUUCCCUUAGCGAACAGUCUCUGCAGAUGCUGCCUCUGAAGUUGCAUGGAGCUUGCCUUUGUUCUCCUUUUAAUUUGUACUCGUAUUUGUAGUUUGUA